CGAAAGUGAAAGCGACCCCGGCGCCGAGGAAACGCAAGUGGAAUCGCGAAUCGGCGCGCCGGGGGGGCCGGGGGGGCCGGGUCUGGGGCCGGGGCCGGGGCAGAAGCUGCCACGGUGCGGGAGGCUGCGGACGCAGGAACGCUCCUGAAAGAAAAUGGCAAACGCAGGACCAGCAGCUUCUGAUGCUUUAUACAAAUAUGUGGAAUGUCUCCAGCUUCAUGCAAAUAAAAUGAAAAAGACCUUGUCCUGGGAAGAGUCACAAAGUGGACCACCUCAUGACACUCUCUUCAAAAGUUCUGCAAAACUUGACAAUACAAUAUACCCCGAAGCCCAGGGCAAAACAAAGAAGAAAGCUAGACAGAAUGCAGCUAAAAAUGCCUGUGACGCACUGAAUAUUUUAACUGCACUGUCUGAAUUGUCUUUUGACAGCACUUCUCGAACACCGAGCCCAGCUGGCAUGGAAAAUUACAUCAGCAAGCUCAAUGAGUACGGGCAGAAGAACAUCCUGCUUAUUCAGUAUAAUUAUAAACAUAUCGAUACAGGGAUGGAUCACAUACAGAAGUUUAGUUCUCAUGUUAUCAUUGGUAAUAAGACAUAUCCAGAUGGCUUUGGUGGAAGCAAGCAAGAGGCCAAAAGAGAAGCAGCAAGACUUGCCUAUGAGGAAAUUCAGGAACAUUCAUCACCUUUCAAGAAUCUGGAGAAGUCACCACUGGAUGUGAGGAAUGAGGAAGACCCCGAGGGAGAUGCAGAAGGCUCUCUUGCCCAGAAUCCCAAAAGGUUAGCAGGAGAUCAGACAACUUCGAAGAAGGAGAUAAGUGAUCUAUCCUCCAGUGCAGAUGUUGCUGGGAACUCCAUCGACUUCCAAUUCCACAAUGGUUUCCUGGAUGCAAAGUAA